UGGACGCAGGCGGGGCUCGCCCUAACCCCCCCCGCUGUGCUGUCCCCCACUCCGCUCCUCCCCGCCGCAAGGGGGCGCGCUAACCGCCAUUCCCCGCUCCUCUCCCGGAAGGGGCGCUCCAACUCACCGCGUCGCGUUAUUAUGACGUCACCUCCUGCAACGGAGGCUGAGGAGGAUCAGGGUGUCAUGGCGGCUGUUCCUGCUUCUUCCCCUGGAGCUUUAGUGCCCGUUGCCACCGAGGCCGGUGCCGUGGUCAGGAGCAGGGAGGCCGUCAGACCGGCUGCGAAGCGUCCGAAGAAGAUCCUGGAUGAGGAUGCCUAUAUUGAGAGUUUAGAGAAUAUUAUUCAGCGCGAUUUCUUUCCUGACGUGGAAAAGUUACGGGCACAAAAGGAGUAUCUGGAAGCUGAGGAGAAUGGGGACUUGGAGAAAAUGAGGCAAAUCGCCAUUAAAUUCGGUUCCUCUGUGGGCAAAUCAUCGCGGGACACACCUGUGCCGUAUGUGACUCCAGCCACGUUUGAAACCCCAGAAGUGCAUCCAGGUGGUCUCCCUCUGGGGAAUAAAUCCAGAGCUGGAACCCGAGCUGCAGAGGAAGGAGAAGCAGAAAAAGAUGAUAAAGAUGCUCUUCCCAAUCUGGACAGUUUCUUAGCAAAACACACGAGUGAAGAUAAUGCUUCAUUUGAGCAGAUCAUGGAAGUGGCCAAAGAGAAGGAGAAAGUCAAGCAUGCUUGGCUGUACAGUGCGGAAGAGGAGUAUGCUCAGAGGCGAAAUGAAAACCUGGCACUUCCUUCAGCAGAGCAGCAAGCUCUGGAGAACGUGAAAGCUGGACUGGAGACCUGGGAGUACACAGCUAGAAACACCCUCAUGUAUUACCCAACAGGUGUACCUGAUGAGGAGAACACAUUUAAGAAGCCCAGGGAAGUUGUCCAUCGGAACACUCGUUUUGUGAAGGAUCCAUUUAGCCAAGCCGUGAGCAAAUCACAGCUCCAGCAAGCAGCAGCCCUCAAUGCUCAGUACAAACAGGGGAAAGUAGGGCCAGACGGGAAAGAGCUGAUACCCCAGGAGUCUCCAAAAGUGAAUGGAUAUGGAUUUGUGGCUACUCCCUCUCCUGCCCCUGGUGUGAAUGAGUCUCCUUUUAUGACAUGGGGUGAAAUAGAAACCACCCCUUUACGUCUAGAUGGAUCAGAAACACCAUAUGUGGAUCGCACACCUGGACCAGCCUUCAAGAUCCUGGAGCCUGGACGUCGUGAGAGGCUAGGACUCAAAAUGGCCAAUGAAGUGGCAGCUAAAAACCGAGCAAAGAAGCAGGAGGCACUUCGGAAAGUCACAGAAAACUUGGCCAGCCUCACUCCAAAAGGACUAAGCCCAGCAAUGUCGCCAGCUUUGCAACGGCUAGUCAACAGGACUACGAGUAAAUACACCGACAAAGCCCUGCGAGCCAGCUAUACUCCUUCUCCAGCCCACACAGGAACUCCUGGUUACAAGACACCAGCAAAUGGGCCCCAAACACCCACAACCACCCCACAGUCUAGGACAGUAUCUCGGACACCAGUAUCUCAAGAUACUACAUCAAUCACAGACAAUUUACUACAGCUUCCUAAAAGAAGGAAGGCAUCUGAUUUCUUCUAAAUAUUCUUGUCAUCAGCAAGGCAAUAGUGAACAGCACAUGCUCAGCUGUCUGCAACAUGGAUGCUUUGAACUAUCAGUAGUAAGAGGUAUCUAGAUUCAGCUGACAGAGUGGAAGCCAGCAGUUAUUAGAUCUGGGACCAGACCUAGACUAUGUAGCUGAAAUAGCUUGUGAUGUGCUUUAUGGAAGACAAGUGUCUCUUGCUGUGGUAUAACUUUCCUUUGAACUGCAUGGAUAUGUUACCCAGGGCUGCUGUACCAUAAGGAUGCUUCCUGCAAUGACAAAGAAAAGUCUGGACUGUUAGCUAAAGCAGUGAUAAAUUUUAAAAUCUCUUUUUUCAGAUGGUCAUGCAUUUAAAUACAUUUCUAUAAAAAUAUGUCUAUUUAUAAAAUAUGUUAAGCCUUCCUAAAAGGUUGAACUGAAUUUUACUCUUCCUUGUCAAACUUUUUUGGUCUCAUGCUUUGCAGAAGAGAGGAUAUCAAAGAGUCACAGAACUGUAGGGGUUGGAAGGGACCUCUAGACAUCAUAGAGUACAAACCCCCAGCUAAAGCAGUUUCCCUACAGUGGAUUGCACAGGGACAUGUCCUAGUGAGACUUGAGUAUCUCUAGAGAGGGAGUCUCUACCACUUCUCUGAGCAGACUGUUCUAGUGCUCUGUCACUGACAGUAUAGAAAUUCUUCCUUAUGUUUAUGUGGAAUUUCCUACGUUUCAGUGUCUCCCCUUUUCACCUUGUUCUAUUGCUGCACACCACUGAAAAGAGUCUACCCCCAUCAACUUGACUCCCACACUUUAGAUAUUUAUAAACAGUUAUGAGAUCCCCUCUCAGCCUUCUCUUCUCCAGACUGAAGAGUCUCAGCCUUUCCUCAUACAGGAGAUGCUCCGGACCCCUAACCCACAUAUGUAUGAGAUGUCACUCAGAGUUUUAGGGGACGUCUCUUUAAUGCAAGUGGAUUGUAAACUGGUGCUUCCCAGUGUGUGGUGGACUUGUCAAGAGAAGUAUUGUGUUGUGGAAAAAAGGAUGCUGCCAGUUCCAGACAUCAAUCCACACUUAAUAGUAACCUGCAAUUUUACUUAUGUUCUGCAGCUGGUGUAACAGAAGCUUCAGUGUGAGCAGCACUGUGACCCAAAAGAAAGCUUUCCUUUGUGCUUUUGAUCAUAACUCUUGGUUCUUGCAAACCACAUCAGAGAUGGUUGUUCAUUCAGCUCAGCAGAUGAACUUUGUAAAGCAAAAGAUGACUAUUUCUGAAAGGGUUUGGAGUAGCUGAAGCUGAAAACCAGCAGUUUCACAAGCUGGACCAAUUUUUAACAGAAUGUCAUUUCCUUCUCCCUACCUUUCCAUCCUGCAGAAGGAAGUUUGGCUUGCUGGUCAUGUUCAGGCUAUUCCUCUGCAGACUUUGGGAACACUCACCCUCUUGUGAAGUGGACAGAGAGGGCAGGGAUUUUGGACUUUGGAGUCUGGAACCAUAAGUAUCUAAAAGCUUCAUUCACAGACAACCCCUGAGAUGUGUCAGGCUGAAGCAUGUAGAAAACGAGGUCCUCACACUCCUUGGCGAUGUAUUUUGAUGCAGGGAAGUCAAUCUUGUAUUAUUUCUCAGUACACAUAAUUUUGCUGAUAUUAGAAUCUAUAAAGGGCAUUAACACAUAGACCAUUGUAUACAGAAUGACACGCAGGCUCCAGAUGUCAGGAAUCCUGGGGUCACAAUGUCCUGCAGCCCUUUGGGGACUACAUGUGCCCACAGAAGGUUUUGCUGAAAAUCUUCCAUUUUCAUCCUGAGAGUUUGGAAAAGUCAAGUCUGACAUCUUGAUGUUUAAAUGUUCAUUGGGAAGGUUAUUCCCAUAUUUCAGGUCCCUGUUAUCUAAGUAUAAGUCAUGGCAAUGCUUGGUGGCAGAAGCCAACUGCUGGAACUUAACAUGAGCAAAGUUCUCUUUCACAGCUUCUGCCAUCUCGAGGUGGUUCAGGAAGUCUCCCUGUACCCCCAGCUCCAUACAGAUGUGCAGUUUCCCUCCUGAUACCUCAAAGAUCUCAGAUGUUUUGAUGCUUGAUAGGUAGUGCAAACGUUCCAUCUGUUUCCUUAGGGAGAAAUCAGUCCAGGAAUUCCUCAGGCAUUCUGUUGUCAACUAUUUUUAUGGCUACAUUGCUUUUAACCAGUUGCAGCAGGUUAAUUUAACUGCCAUGGGAGACUUUUAGUGUGGUGCUCAGUGAUUUAUUUCAGUGAUAUUUUAGGGGUGUCUUCCUCUUCAGUUUGCCAGUUUUAGAUUAUUUUUUUUUUUCCCCUACAAGCUAUAAUGGAGAAGGAAUCGUUCAUGAUGAUGUUCACAAGAAAGGUCUUCGUGAAGGCAUUAAACUAUUAGUAAAUUUUCCUAAGCAACUGAAUUUAAGGGACGUGGUUUGGUGGUGGUGAUGGGUUGAUGUGGACUAAGAUUAGUGGUACCAACCUUAAUGAUUCUAUGAAUUUCUAAUGCUGAAGGUUUCCUUCUUUACCCAAUAGAUGGAAAUCUAAGCAUUUCUUGCUGGUUAUAAUGAGUUUUCAAAAUACUUUCAUUGAAUGGACCAAUGCUCAAUUUAUGCUGCUUGGCUUUAUGUUCAAGCACAACCGUGUAUCUGAGUUUGUUAUUGCAGCAGAGUGUUUUGAAACCUUUCUGAAGCCGUUUAAUUGUUCACAUUUGUAUCUCAAGAGGCACACAGGGUUAAGUACUACAUGAAGGAACUCCUAAAGGUGCUGGGGAGCAAGGGAUGCUGCUUGUUUGUCUAUUGCUUUCACAGUGGCUGCAUUCAAUUACUGUUUGUUUCUAUUUCCUUGGUGCUUUCUCUUAACUUUCUUUCCUCGGUUUUAUUUCAGCUUCUCUAUUUUAUGGCUCUGAUGAUUGGCUGCUUCCUGUGGGCUUGGCAGCUGUUAUUUUACUAAACUCUCAUUGAGUAAGUUGCAUUUUGACUGCCAGCUUCUGCUGUACUCCAGAAAAGCUCACAUCACUCCUUCAGAACUGAUGGGAGGAUGGUGAUGUGUGCUGAUUGCUUCCCUGUAUAAUCAGUCUCUGGGGCUUUUUGCUUUAUGUUGGUUUCUGCUUUUUCAAACGUAAUUCUUCAGUUCUCAAGGGUAUGGCUUCAAAGCCUUAAUGAUGAGAACAAUGCAGUGGAUAGGGACUAUCCUGCACAGCCCACCAAUGUCAUGCUGAUGAACAUCCUGAUCUCCAGACUGGGACUUUUGGUUGUCAUUCCUCCCAAACCCCCUUUCUUUGAAACUUUUGGCUCUGCUGAAGAGCAGUUUUAACCAUUCUGAGUUGUGGUUAUUGCAGUACAAGCUGAUCUAUGAGUGUGAGCUGAGCCCUGCUGCAGGAAGGCACAACCAGCUGAGUACACUGCACCACGCCUGGGCACAGGGCAGCCUGGGGAACACUUGGCAGUCCGGAUCUUCGCCGUGAUCGCAUGACAUUCUGUGCAGGGAAUAUCCAUGGAAAUAAUUAUGCAGCUCUUUGAGCAGUGCCUGCGGAUUUCUAGAGGGCUGAGGCUGUUUAGUGCCCUGUUUGCUUUGGAGGAGAGCUUCCUCCUGCGUGGUUUCCACUGCCACUUCCACAGCACCUGUCCCUGGCUGUGACCUUUCCGAGUGACUUUUAUAGCACAACUUGUGAGAAUGAAUUGAGCGAUACAGCGUCGCUGGGGUUUGUGAGUGGAUGGAAUAAUGAAUAGGUUUUGCUUUUUUUUCUUUUUAGUUUGGAUGUAACCAAGUGCUCAGGUUUUUUUUUCUUCAGGCAAAAAGAAGAAACAAGUAACCUAUUCUCAGACACUGAUGGAUGAAAAUAAAGAACGUCUAUUUACUGAUG